CGUUAUUCUGCAUGUUCACCACAGAUACUAAGAGAUUGUAUAAACGCAGUGCAGUCAUUGACCAGACAGGCUUUGUGUAAACUGAGCUUCGUUCAACCCAUACUGCAGACAUGGUCAGACUUGUUGCACCCAGCCUCAUCCUCUGUAGCAACUGCUCCCUCCUCUGUUCCAUCUUCCAACUCUUCUCUGUCCUCAGCUGCUCCAUUCAACCUGCCUUCCGUGGUUCAGCCUGGUGCCUCGGCACCCGCACUUCAGCCUGAUGUCUGUACCCAGCCUGAUGAACUGAUCCAGCCUGAUGAUCCUAUCACGCCUGAUGACCCAGUGCCCGCUGUUGAGCCAGACAAUCCGGUACCUGAUGACCCGGUGCCCACUGUCAUGCCUGGUGACCCGAUGCCCGCUGUCGAGCCAGACUAUCCAAUGCCUGAUGACCCAGUGCCCGCGGUCAUACCUGGUGACCCGAUGCCCGCUGUCGAGCCAGACUAUCCAAUGCCUGAUGACCCAGUGCCCGCUGUCAUGCCUGGUGACCCGAUGCCCGCUGUCGAGCCAGACGAUCCAGCGCCAGAUGACCCGGUGCCCGCUGUCGAUCCAGACGAUCCGGUACCUGAUGACCCAGUGCCUGCUGUCAUGCCUGGUGACCCGAUGCCCGCUGUCGAGCCAGACGAUCCAGCGCCAGAUGACCCGGUGCCCGCU